AUGGAAGGGGCGGACAGCGGUUGGGGAUUGAGAAUCAAGACAUACGGUACCCUCGACUCCCCCAUCUCUUCCCUCCAGCUCGGGUUGUGUCUCUACUCGACUCACUCUCUCUCGCACUCCUCGGUCGCUCAAGGCUGUACCAACCUGCGGCAUUCGGCAGGCAACAAAAAUAGCACAAGGGAAGAGGAGGAGGAGGAGGAGGAGGAGAGAAGGGAGGCAGCGGGCAGGACGGCCACCCACACUCGGAGCCGGGGCUAGCUCUCCGAUGCUGCGUCGUCGCGCCUCGCUUGCCCGAAUUCCCCGGCCAGGACAAUGGUCCUGCGAUUCAGAGUGCGAGCGAGGGGGUGAGCAACAUGAACGUGCGAGGCGGGUGCAACUAACGACAGCGUGCUGCCCUGGCCACCUGGUAGGUACCGAGCUACGCUACCACACACCACACCUUGCGCUACACAUAUUGAGCAUGGCGGAGCUAGGUUGGGGGUGUACAGAGAAAUGGGGUUUUCUUUUUCUUUUUCUUUUUCUUUUUUCUUCCCCCUCUUCUUUCCUAGACGGUUGUUGGUAUGUCAUGAAAGUACAAA